ACAAAUCUUUCGGUUCGACUUGAUCGCGAUUUCAAACUGCCAGGAAAAGAAAUGGUGGAUUACAUUGCCGAUUAUCUGGCGAACAUUCGAUCACGACGCGUUUACCCGGCGGUUUCCCCGGGUUACCUGAGAAACGUCCUGCCCACCUCUGCGCCAGUGGAUGGCGAACCUUGGGAGGACAUAUUCGCGGACAUCGAAAGGUGCAUCAUGCCAGGAGUGACGCAUUGGCAGAGUCCACACAUGCACGCCUAUUUCCCAGCCCUGAAUUCACCUGCUAGCCUGCUGGCCGAUAUGCUGGCCGACGCAAUCAAUUGUCUUGGAUUUACUUGGGCCUCGAGUCCUGCGUGCACGGAACUAGAGACGAUCGUAAUGAACUGGCUUGGGAAAAUGAUUGGCUUGCCAGAGGAGUUCCUGCAUCGUCCAGGAGGAUCCGGAGGUGGUGGCGUGAUACAGACAACCGCAUCAGAAGCCACCCUCGUUUGCUUACUCGCAGCAAGAACCCGAGCCAUUAGAGACGUGCAACAAAAUGAGCCGGACCGUUUACCCGCCGAGAUUAAUUCGCGUCUUGUCGCGUAUUGCUCCGACCAGGCUCAUUCUAGCGUAGAAAAAGCUGGAUUGAUAGGACUAGUGCGAAUGAAGUACAUCGAAUCUGACGACGAAUUGAGUAUGAGAGGAGAGACUUUGCUCGAAGCGAUAACGAACGACAGGGCCGAGGGUUUACUCCCCUUUUUCGUGAACAGAAUGGACUGUGGUUGCACGUGGACGCAGCCUAUGCAGGCAGUGCAUUCGUGUGCCCUGAAUUCCGUGGAUGGCUCCAAGGAAUAGAAUAUGCCGAUUCAAUUGCUUUUAAUCCUAGCAAAUGGCUGAUGGUGCAUUUUGACUGCACCGCUAUGUGCACUGGCAAAUCCCGUUGUCAAAGAGAUUCAGAGCGUUGAAGUUGUGGUUCGUCAUUAGAAAUUACGGAAUCACCGGCCUUCAGAAGCAUAUUCGCGAGGGCGUCAGACUGGCACAAAAGUUCGAAGCGCUGGUUUUGGCGGACGCGCGCUUCGAAAUCCCAGCGACGAGGCAUUUGGGACUCGUAGUAUUCCGUCUCCGUGGAGAGAACAGUCUAACAGAACGUUUGCUGAAGAAGAUGAACUCGAGGGGUCGUGUCCAUUGCGUACCGGCUGCUUUACAUGGGAAAUACGUGAUUCGAUUUACCGUCACCUCAACCAACACUACCAACGAAGACAUCUUAAGAGAUUGGGCUGAGAUACGGAAUACAGCGAACGAAAUUCUGGGAGAUACCACGACUUCUCCAGUACGAGCGAAAGUCCCACUCGCAGGUAACGCAGAAACGAACGAUACUCGAGAAAAGAACGAAAACUUCGGUUCAAGUUUGUUAUUGGCCAAUUCCCCGAUGUCGCCGAAAAUCGUGAACGGCAGCUUCGCUGCAAUUUACGAUACCGCAGAUAUAUUCGAAGAAUGUACGAAAGCUUUCGGUCAAUUGCGACUCGAAGCUAGAGACAGUCCAGGGAUACGCUUGCUGCCGUCCAGCUAUAGAAAUGGCCUCGGAAUUGCCACUACAAGAGGAUGAAGAUCUUGGAACUAACGAAACCUCUGCUAACCAGUCCAAAAAUGAUAAUUCUGGUGAAUGUGCAACCGCCCGAGAGGAAGCGGAGAAUCCCGAAAAGACGAACAAACCGUUGAGAAGACAAACGAGCAAGUCUCGCUCGAAUUACGCCAUGAAUGGCUCUGUGAAAGUCGGUUCUCAAGACUGCUCGGAAACUUUAACGUCCAUGAUGUCGACAGAAGGUAACAACAUGCCACGAAGCGAAACGAUAGCUGCGAUCGGUCAUCGUCCAUGUACCGGCGAUCUAUCGUCGACACAGAGCCAAAACGAGAGUUCCAAUAAAGAAAACGAAGGCAGCCUCGAGGACGCGGAGAUCGUCUGCAGGAAGUGUGGCCAUUGUAUGAAGAAGGAAUAA